AAAAUGGCCGUUCGUAGUGCCAUAAGUAAAUAAUAUAAGGAAGAAAAUUUAUUUAGUGUUGAGUUUAUUAUCGAGUAGAGAAUAAUGUAUUGUGCGUUUCGGAUGUGACUGUGACAACGGGAACUGGCGUGUCGUGAAACACUAACUGCUUCAGGAAACAGGAAUGCCGAGUUCAUUUUCGUGAGAUUCGAUGCACAAUAAUCAUAAUUCCGUUCGGAAGAUGGAGAAGGUGAUUGAUGAGGAUAGGGAGAGGCGUCUCCGGGCGUUAGAGGACCGCAUACAGGAUCCAAGAAGUAUAGGAAACAUCGAUUCGCUUUUAGAUACGGUGCAAGCCCUAUGCACCGACUGCGAUCAUCCGUCCGUAAAGAAAUUAAAGAACGUAGAAGUUUACACAAAUCGAUAUGAUUCGUUUGCAUCUGAUAUUAUAAAGUUGCGUAUGAAAACGGAUGAUUAUGAACAUAUUAAGGUGAUUGGAAGAGGUGCAUUCGGUAAAGUACAACUGGUGAGGCACAAGUUUACGCGGCAGGUCUACGCGAUGAAAAGAUUGAGCAAAGCGGAUUUGAUCAAACGGUCGGAUUCUGCAUUCUUCUGGGAAGAAAGACAUAUUAUGGCACACGCCAGUUCAGAAUGGAUCGUGCGCUUGCAUUUUGCCUUCCAGGAUGCUAAAAACUUGUACAUGGUCAUGGAUUAUAUGCCCGGUGGCGAUAUUGUUAAUUUGAUGUCGAAUUACGAAAUUCCAGAGAAGUGGGCGAAAUUUUAUACAAUGGAAGUUGUUCUUGCUCUGGACGUUAUACAUACCAUGGGGUUUGUGCAUAGGGAUGUUAAGCCUGAUAACAUGUUGUUAGAUAAGUAUGGGCAUUUGAAAUUAGCGGAUUUUGGUACUUGUAUGAGGAUGGAUGAAGAUGGUUUGGUCAGAUCUAAUAACGUAGUCGGUACGCCGGAUUACAUUUCACCAGAAGUUCUUCAAAGCCACGGCAAAGGUAUUUACGGAAGGGAAUGCGAUUGGUGGUCCGUCGGUAUAUUUGUAUACGAAAUGUUGGUUGGAGAAACGCCCUUUUAUGCGGAUAGCUUAUUGGGGACGUACAACAAAAUUAUGUACCAUGAAAAUAAUUUGACUUUCCCUCCUGAGAUAGAAAUUACUAAAGAAGCAAAAUCUUUAAUACAAGGAUUACUGUGCGAUAGAACUAAACGUUUAGGAAGAAAUAAAGUGGAUGAAAUAAAAAAUCAUCCAUUCUUUAUAAAUGACCAAUGGACAUUUGACAAUCUCCGUGAGUCCGUCCCACCAGUUGUACCAGAAUUGUCUGGUGACGAUGACACUAGUAACUUUGAUGAUUAUGAAAAAGACGAAAGCCCUGAAGAAAUUUUUCCUACGCCUAGCAAUUUUGUUGGCAAUCAUUUACCUUUUAUUGGUUUUACUUAUAAUUCUGACUAUCAAUUGCUCACAAACACUGACCACGUGGACAGCAAUCAUGUAGUUGAUUCUAGUGCUCAAGUAAGCAAAUUGGAAAAUCUCUUGGAACAAGAGAAGAGCAACACCGCGGCCUUAGAAACUAAACAACGAAUUUUAAUCACUCAAUUAGAUACAUUAGCUCAACGGGAAAAUGAAAUGCGAGAUGAGGUCUCGCACUGCGAAAAACAAUUGACGAUAGCGAAACACGCCCACAAAGAAGUCCAGAGAAAACUGGAGAUUGAGAUAGAAGUUCGCAAGAAAAAUGAACAAAUGCUAGUCGAACUGAAGGAACAGCUAGAGGAAGAGAUGAAUAAAAGAACGCGAGAAAUGAACAACAAUCAACAACACAAUGACAAGAUUAAUUUGAUGGAGAAACAAAUCGCAGAGUUGCAAGACAAAGUCAAAGUUGAAAGUGAAAAUUGUCAGCGAUUACGGAAACAGGCAGCCGAAUUGACGAUGGCUAAGAAUACUUCAGAUCAAAUGGCCGGAGAAUAUCAAACUGUACUUCACAAUUUGCAAAUGCAGAAAGCUAACUUGCAAAGUGAAAUUGCUUCCAUGCAAGGACAACUAACGCAGGAAAGAAGUUCCAGAUCGCAGGCUUCCGAUCAGCAACUUGUACUCGAAAAUCGCGUUCAGUCCUUGUUGGGUGAAGUGGAAAGAAGCCGCCAAAAAGAAGGAAAACUAUCCCUGGACAAUAUGCAAGUAACCGAACGUGUUUCAACGCUGGAGAAGGAAUGUGCAAGUUUAAGUUUAGAAUUGAAAGCAGCUCAAAAUCGGUAUGACCAAGAAGUUAAAGCUCACGAGGAAACAACAAAAAGUAGAAUUAUGAAUAAGGAAGAAGCGAAUUUAGAAGUUGUGAAAGUACUCGUGGAAAAAAUUAAUUUGGCGUUACAAACAAAAUUAAACGAGGAGAAGAAUGCCAGACAAAAAGCAGAUCUAAAUUCUCAGGAGAAAGAACGACAAAUAUCUAUGCUGUCCGUCGAUUACAGACAAAUCCAGCAGCGCUUGCAAAAAUUAGAAGGCGAACAUCGACAAGAGAUCGAAAAGGUGAAAGCCUUACAUAGCCAGAUUGAACAAGAGCAACAGAAGAAAUCCAUUAUUCAAUCUGAAUUGGGACAAACUUUAUCGGAAAUAGCGCGUCUGAAAGCGAAAGAAUCUAAAAUAUUAAUUGACAUUACACAGCUGCAGGAAUCAAAAAAGUCUAUUGAAGAAGAUCUCUUUAAAGUUAAACGUGAUUGGUCUGUGGAACAAUUGCAAAUCAAAGAACUUCAAGAUUCGUUGGAAACUGAACAAUAUUUUGCAACGUUGUAUAAAACUCAAACGGUGGAAUUGAAAGAAGAACUAGAAGAAAAGAUGAAAAUGAAUAAAGAGUUUGAGGAUGAAAGGAUGUCAUUGAAACACCAAUGUCAAAUUGCGAUUGCUCGUGCCGAUUCCGAAGCACUUGCCAGAUCAAUUGCUGAAGAGACCGUUGCAGAUUUGGAAAAGGAGAAAACAAUGAAAGAGUUGGAGUUAAAAGAUAUUUUGGCGAAGCACCGAAAUGAUCUGAAUGCGAAGGAAAUCUUGAUUAAUAAUGUUAAAGAUCGAGAAUCGGACUUAAAAAAACAAAAUGAUCAAUUUUUAAAAGAUAAGGAUGAAUUGAAUAGACAAAUCAAACAAUUGCAGGAGGAAUUGAAUAAAAAUACGGCGAACAGCGAGGAGCUAGAAAAGAUUAGAGCAAGAUUGGAUACAGAAAGUUUACUUAAGCAGCAAGCGGUUAACAAACUACAUGAAAUUAUGAAUAGAAAAGAUAACACUAGUGGAAAAGGCAAGAGUAAAAUUUCUAGUUCGGAUUUGAGACGGAAGGAGAAGGAUUUGAAGAAACUGCAACAGGAAUUGACUUUGGAGAAAGAGAAAUAUAGCCAAUUGCAUCAAAAGAAUAUACAGGAGUUAAAUAAUCAAUUGGAUGCUGAAGUUCUUUUGAACAACAGAUAUCUAAUGGAAAUGGCUAGUAAAGAUUCAGAAAUUGAGCAGUUACAGAAAAAGUUGUCUGUUUUGAAUAGCGAGACUGCGUCUUUAAGUUCAGCUGACAAUGAAGGAGAUGAUAUUAAUUUGGAUUCGGCUAGAUUGGAAGGCUGGCUCUCCAUUCCUAAUAAACAAAAUAUUAAGCGUCACGGUUGGAAAAAGCAAUAUGUCGUUGUGUCCAGCAAGAAAGUGAUUUUCUAUAACUCGGAAAAUGAUAAGCAAAAUUCGGAUCCCGUCAUUGUUCUUGACUUAGGCAAAGUGUUUCACGUUAGAUCCGUUACGCAGGGCGACGUGAUUCGUGCUGAUUCAAAGGAUAUUCCUAGGAUUUUCCAGUUAUUAUACGCUGGCGAAGGAGAAUCGAGGAAAACGGAUGAGCAAGGAAAUACUUUGGAUAUAAGUUCGAUUCGUGGCGACGAUAAGCAAGUGCCAUUAGUACAUAAAUGGCACGAGUUUUUGCAAAUUUCAUAUCAUAUGCCGACUACUUGCGAGGUGUGCCCAAAGCCAAUGUGGCACAUGUUCAAACCACCUCCAGCUUUGGAAUGCCGAAGAUGUCGAGUGAAAGUGCAUAAAGAACAUUUAGAAAGGAAAGAAGACAAUGUGCCGCCAUGCAAGCUGCAUAGUGAUCCUACGUAUGCCAAAGAAUUGCUACUCUUAGCGCCAUCGAACGACGAGCAAAAGAACUGGGUUAAUAGACUUAGUAAGAAGAUUCAGAAAUGCGGCUAUAAAGCUAACAAUUCCAAUGCCAUAGAUUCCGCCAAGGUCUCACCUAGGGAGUCAACUAGAUCAUCACUUAAAUCGUAUCUGAAUGUACAGCAAAGAUCGGCCACAUUGCCAGCUAAUACGUCGAUGAAUGUCAAAUGAUUAUUAAUUAAUGGAAUCGUGAUAUAUUAUACAAUAUUAAACUAAACUGAAUGAGAGCUGUGAAUGCUGCGUUUAAAAGUAAAAAUAAUUUGAGUGAAAUUUUAUAUAUGCUCAAUAAGC